AUGCCAGAUGAUAUUAAACGCAUGGCAGUUGCAGAAAACACGAUUGCAGAUAUUAUUUACCAUCGUAAUAUGUUUAUGGAGUUUCAGAACCGAGUGACUGUCGUAUUCCGCUCUGCUACAGACGCUGUUGAAUUCAUUACACAAAAAUAUGGCAAGUUUCUCUGUGGGCAUAAACUUAAUAUGACGAUGCUUGACCCAUAUAACCCAAAGGAUAAACACUAUAUUCCUCCACAACUUCCAACACAACCACUUUCAGGCCAGUUAGUCCUCGUAUCAGGUCUGCCGGCUGCAACGCGACCUGACAACCUACGAACAGAGUUCCGCCGGUUUCAUCUGAUGGAUACUACAGAGGCAGCACUCAUCCCUGUACCCUCUAAACGGAUGGCAUCCACAUGCCAGUAUCUGGUCCGACUCUCUAGCCGGUCAGAAGCUUACCGAUUUGUGAGGACAUACCAUAAUACACAUUUUCAGUUCAAGGAAUUUAGAAGACGAUGCCUCCUCCGUGCCACUGUCAUUUAUUGA